CCCCCCCCCCCCCCCCCCCCCCUGGAGGUCGUGGUGUUCCGCGCGAGGAAGAGGAAGGAGCGGCACGGCCCCGCGGCAGCGCCCGCCGGCCGGGCACAGACCCAAAUAGUGAAUGAAGAGAAAAAUGAAGUCAGACAAGAAUUUAACUUUGAAAAGGCUCGCCUGGAAGUGCACAAGUUUGGGAUCACUGGCUACAAGAAGCAGGAGCAACGUGUUUGGGAACGGGAGCGUGCCAUCAUGCUGGGAGCCAAGCCCCCCAAAAAGGCACAUGUGAACUACAGGACUUACCAAGAGAAACUGAAAGAGAAAAAAGCAGCAAAGGAUGCUGAUAAGGAAAAGGAACAUAAAGGUGAUUCUGUUAAGAAAAAGAAGAAACAGAAAGAAGAGAAGGAGAGGAAGGCCAAAAGGAAGAAAUCAGUGCCUAGCAUUUGGCCUGCAGGACAAGUUGGAAAAUUCAGAAAUGGGACCUUGAUUCUGCAAAGCCGUGACAUAAAGAAAAUUAAAUCAUCUAAAGUUAGCAAAUGAACUUCACGAUACAGAGUGAAAUGGACAAUAUGCAUAAGAGAAUUCACAUUGCUACCAACACAGACUUCUGGGGCCUUUUGCCUAUCCACCAUAUCCUAAUUUUUAAUCUUAUUUGUUAUUGCAGGAUUUUUCUGUACUACUCUGCCUCUGGAUGAAUAUUAGAAUUUACCA